AUGUCCUCCCCAAGCGUUCACGACCCCGUCCAGAGAAACCCUGCUACCCCCCGCAAGUCUCGAAAGGGCUCCGGUUCUAGCGCUGCGUCCUCAAGACCGGAGAUCACCACCCCCAAGACCAAGAAAACCCCCCGCAAGCUGCAGACUAGGACGCCCAAACCCAUCGAGGAAGACGUUGACGACGAGAAGCCUCCAACCCCAUCUCCCCAACCGAAGAAGAAGUCUCAGCCCGAGCCCCAGCAGCGCGAGGAAUCCCGCUCUCCAGAGGACAACCAGGAGGAGCCGGAGGAGCAAGAGGAGGCAGAAGAGGCACCGCCUGCUCCCUCCCCCAAGCCAAAGAAGAAGAAGUCCAAGCCCGAGCCCGAGCAGCGGGGCAUUUCAUCCCCGGAUGAUGCCCAGGCGCAGGCGUCCGGCUCUGCAAGCCGAAGCGGUAAGGCCUCGGACUUGGCAGGCACAGCGAAGGGUCUUGGCGAUAAGUUGAAGGAUACCGCGCAGGAUGCCGGAGAGAAAGCCCAGGAAAACCUUCCAUCUAACCCUCUUGACCUGUCCGCCUUGAAGGGCCUUGAGGUUGGUGAAGGUGGCCAGGUCCUGGGCAAGGAUGGCAACCCCCUGGGACGAGUCGUGGAAGGCGAGCCUGAGGAUCUCGUUGGCCAGGAAAUCGGGGACGACGGCGAGAUUCUCGACGAAGACGGUGAUCUCAUUGGCCGAGUGGAACUCCUGCCUGAUACUGCACGGGACGUCACCGACAAGGCGAAGGAAGACCUUCCCUCGGACGAAGCGCAGAAUGUCACCGACAAGGCGAAAGAGAAUCUUCCCUCUACCCCUCUUGAUCUAUCCGCCCUGAAGGGCCUCGAGGUCGGUGAAGGUGGUCAGGUCCUCGGCCAGGAUGGCAACACCCUGGGACGAGUCGUGGAAGGUGAACCCGAAGAUCUCGUUGGCCAGGAAAUCGGUGAUGACGGAGAGAUUCUCGACGAAGACGGUGAUCUCAUCGGUCGUGUAGAGCUCCUGCCUGACGCUGCGCAGAACGUUACCGACAAGGCGAGGGACGUUCCAGAACAGGCUGAGGAUGUUGCCUCGCAGGCGAAGGACACCGCUGACAAGACUGCUGAUCAGGCCAAGGACAAGGCCGAAGAGACGACUGAGCAGGCCAAGAACGUGGUGGCUGACCUCGCUGACCUCGAUGGUCUUCCCGUCUCGGAAGGAGGACUCAUCAAGAACAAGGACGGCCAGGCCAUCGGCAAGGUCGCCGAGGGAGACCCGGAGGAUCUUGUUGGCUAUACUGUGAACGACGAGGGCGAGAUCGUCGAUGAAGAUGGCGACCUCAUCGGCAGAGUGGAACUCCUGCCACAAGAAGCCCAGGAUGUUACUGAUAAGGCUGGGGAGAUCCCCGAGCAGGCCAAAGACACUGUGACCGACCUCGCCGACCUCGAUGGCCUUCCUGUGUCUGAAGAAGGCGCCAUUAAAGACAAGUCCGGCCAAGUCGUCGCAAAGAUUGCCGAGGGCGACCCGGAGGACCUUGUCGGCUACACCCUGAACAAUGAAGGCGAGGUCCUCGACGAGGAGGGCGAUCUGAUCGGCCGCGCUGAAAUUGUCCCCCAACAAGCCAAGGACGCCACAGAGGGUGUCAAUGACUCUGAUGAGAAGUUGGCUCCUGAAGACCAGAGCACCCAAGAGGACAUCGCCAAGCAAGCAGUUGAGAGCGUCCAGCAGCAAGGCCUCGAUGACACGACCGAGAAGGCCCAGUCCGCAGCCGGUGAUGCCACCGACAAAGUUGACGAAGCUGCCCCGGACGCUGAAGGCGUUAAGGACGGCGCGGAAGAAGCAGCCGAAGCUGCUGAGGACGAAGCCGAGCAACAACUGCCACCACUCUCCUCACUCGAAGGCAUGAAGUGCACCAAGUCAGGCAAGAUCGUCGACCCGAACACUGGCAGGCCAGUCGGUGAGCUCAUCGAAGGCGACCCCAAGAAGAUCUCCCGCAUGGGGGCUCAACUGGACGACAAGGGCCAGUUCUGGGAUAGCCGUGGUAACGUGAUCGGCAAGGCCAAGACCCUUCCUGUCGAGGAUUACGAGGACGAGCCGCCCUUCGCUGGCCUGGAAGGUCUCCACGUCGUUGAGGAGGGAUGGGUUGAAGACGAAAAUGGCAAGCGAGUCGGCAAAAUCGUUCAAGGAGACGCGAAGAAGCUCCUUGGACGUGCGGUUGACGAAGACGGUGAUAUUACUGACAAGAACGGCAAUGUCAUCGCACAGGCUGAAUACUACGAAGCCCCCGACGAGCCGGAGCCUGAGAAACCUGACCUUUCUCGGUUGAACGGCAUGAAGCCUAACAAGAUGGGAUUUGUUAUCGGUCCAGACGGUGUUCCCAUUGCCCGUGUUGUCGAGGGUAAUCCAAAGGAGCUGGCCGGUAAAGAGAUCGACGAUGGCCAGAUCUGGGAGGGCCGUAAGCCCAUCGGACGCGUGGAGCUCAUUCCCGAAGAGGAGCGCGAAAAGAAGCCCGAAGGCUUGUUUGCCGGACUUGACAACCUUGUCGUGAAUAAGGAAGGCUUCGUCGAGGAUGAGGAUGGCAACAUUGUCGGCAAAGUGACCGAGGGCGACCCGAAGAAGCUCCGCGGACGCGCCGUCGACGAAGACGGAGACAUCGUUGACAAAUUCGGCAACGUUAAAGGCCACGCAGAGCCUUACGAGCCAGAAGAGGAGGAGGAAGAGAAGCCGGAUCUUUCUAUUUUGGAGGGCAAGACGGUCAACAAGGCUGGCAACGUCGUCGAUGCGCAGGGCAAUAUCUACGGACGUAUCACUUCUGGAGAUGGGCGCCUUGCUGGCAGAAAGGUCGACGGCCAGGGUCAAAUCUGGGGUGACAAUGGAAAAGUCAUCGGCAGAGCAGAGCUCGUCCCAGGGGCAGAGCAGGAGAAGCCCGAGGGACCAUUCUACGGAUUCGACAAUGCGCAAGUUGGCAAAGAUGGUGUUGUCAUGGACGGCGGCCGUAUCAUCGGCCGUGUCAUUGAAGGCGAUGCCAAGCGACUCCUCGGUCGUAAGGUCGACGAAGAUGGGGACAUCCUCGACAAGAAUGGUAACACCGUCGGAAAGGCUGAACGCUGGGAGCCAGAAGAGAAGAAGCGUGAUGUUAACCCCAUGUCCGGCCGAAAGGUUAACAAAGAGGGUGAGGUCCGCGACGCUGACGGUAACCUCAUUGGUAAAUUGACAUCGGGCAAUCUGCCAACCCUCGUCGGCAAGGAGAUUGACGACAACGGCUACGUUGUCGACAACGACGGAAACAAGCUGGGCGAGUAUACCUUGCUCGAGAACCUGCCCGAAGAAAAGGAGGAGGAACCUGAGCCAGGUCCCUCUGAAGAGGAGUUGGAGGCCCAGAAGAAGGCCGAGCAGGAUAAGGAGCUGGCGAAGAAGAUGACCGGCAUCAUCGGACAGACUCUCGAUCGUCUUCACCCUACCUGCAAGAGAAUUGCCGAGCUGCUCGAGAAAGCUGAUCGCACACCACGUGACGAACUGGACGAAGAGAAGCUAGUCAAGGACGUCAAACCACUGAUCGAAGAGGGCGGCCAGGUCCUUCAGGAAUGCAACGGAGCCAUCCGUGCUCUGGAUCCCGAUGGCUCGAUUGCUUCCACUGCCAAGGCUCGCGCUGCAUCACACGAAGCAACUCCCGAGGAAUACGCUCUCGCGGAGAAGAUCAAGGAGCUGAGCGAGCUUGUGAUGAACACGAUCGAGAACGGCCGCAAGAGGAUCGCGGACAUGCCUCAUGCAAAGAAGAAGAUCAACCCUCUGUGGGCCCUGCUCAGCGAGCCUCUCUUCCAGAUCAUCGCGGCUGUUGGUCUGCUUCUUAGCGGUGUGUUGGGCCUUGUAGGCCGUCUGCUCGACACUCUUGGACUCGGUCCUCUCCUAAACGGUCUGCUGGGUGGACUGGGUCUCGAUAAGCUUCUUGGUGGUUUGGGAUUGUCUUCUAUAACGGAUUCUCUGGGAUUGACCGGAAAGAAGGACUAA